AAGUCAACUACCUCAGUGUCAACUAUGAAUAUUUUUUAGGAUGCAAAUGCAAGCCUUUGCUUGCUUUCAUCAUAACAUUUAUCAUUAUUUAUUUGUAUUUAUGAUAACGCAAUCAUGUUUAUGUCAGAUAUUAGAGCAACCAGUGCCAAUAAAUGAAAGUUUGUUAGUACCCCGAGUGGUAAACGGACGUCCUGCACAACUAGGCGACGUUCCUUAUCAGAUAGGUUUUAAAACUUUGAAGUCGCGAGUGCAACACAUCUACUCAACAUUCUGUGGUGGGGUCAUCAUUGCGCCGAGCAAACUAUUAUCCGCUGCACACUGCUUCGAAGCAAAACAGAGUGCCUGUUUUUCUAAAUCUGUUAUUAUUUCUGGAAAGGCUUUAACUCGCAAAUUUGCCGUGGCUGGUACUUUGCUUAACGACGAGAAAUACCGCGCAGACAGCAGUAGUGGAAGCCAGUGGCGCCGCCUCAAAAUGGUGGUGUACCCAGCUAAAUACAAAUUUCCGAAACACGACAUAUGCGUAGUGAUCACCAUCAAACCUUUCUUCUUUAACGGUAACGUUGCACCAAUUCCGAUUGCAUCAAGGUUUAUAGAUUAUAAGGGCACAUGUUUGGUUUCGGGAUACGGAAGAUUGAGUCCAGCAUUUUCAAAGCAAAAGUUACAAUCCGAUAAAUUGAUGUUAGCAGAUUUGGACAUCAUUCCAACCUAUUACUGCAGUAGGAGACACAACCGAAAUAUGAGACAUUUCAUCUGCACAACUAACCAAGUGUCCGAUACUGCGCAGGGCGACUCCGGUGGUCCAUUGGUCUGUUAUAAAUCGGGAGACCCUAAGGACUUAGGUAAAGGCGUGGUAGUUGGCGUCGUAAGUGGGAGCAGAAAACACGCUGGCUCAUUCUUCACAAGAGUGUCUUCUUUCUACAAAUACAUAAUGAGUAACAAAGCCGAUUGUAUAUCACUUACUCCUUAUUGUCUCAUAUUUACUACAAUAAAUUAUGGAUUUUAUUUAUUUUGUUCGUGUUUCAUUUGGUUGUUUUUUUUUAGCAGUCAGUAG